GCAGGGCGGGAGCCGUAGUCCCUCCGCGCCGCCAUUUCGGCGGCAGCGUGCGGCCCGCGCCAUGGAGGGCGGCUUCGGCUCCGACUUCGGCUCCGACUUCAGCUCCGGGGCUGGCGGCGGGGGGGGGAAGCUGGACCCGGGGCUCAUCAUGGAGCAGGUGAAGGUGCAAAUCGCCGUGGCCAACGCUCAGGAGCUCUUGCAGCGCAUGACGGACAAGUGCUUUCGGAAGUGCAUCGGGAAGCCCGGCGGAGCCCUGGACAACUCGGAGCAGAAGUGCAUCGCCAUGUGCAUGGACCGGUACAUGGACGCCUGGAACACGGUUUCCCGAGCCUACAACUCUCGGCUGCAGCGGGAGAGAGCCAACAUGUGAGGAGCCGCAGCGCCUGCAGCAGGGAAGGACCCAUGUGGGCACGGGACGAGCGGCCAGGCUGGGGGGUGCAAUCCUGCUGCCUUUCCAGCACCGACCAUGGCAGAGCAAUAAACCCUCCCUGAGCCUUCUGCAUCCACUGGCUUUUGUUAGCAACCAACCCCAGGAGCGAGGGACUUUUCCAGCCUCGAGAGCCACCGUGAGCUGCUUGGUUCCAGACUGGCCGUGGAGCAGCAGAUAAAUCCCUGCUGGAAGGGCUGCGAGAGGCAAGGAGCAUCCUAUGGACAAGGAGCACCAAGCCCUUGCCCUGGAAGCAAGCAUGGACCCAGCCACGGCACGAUUAACCCAGGCCCUUCCCAUCAGCUGCCACGCUCGGCUCCUUCUUCCCUUGUAUUUUGAUAGCAGGUUGGGGGCUCACUUUUGGGCUCGCAGGCUUUGAAUCAGCUCAAGCAGUGUGUUGGGGAGCGGGGGCGUUUGCAGCACAGCCUUGCCCCUACUUGUACAAGCACAGCUGGGGAUGGGAAGGGUUGGGAAAUCCUUGGGUUGAGUUCAUUCUACAAUAAAACGUGUUGUGUGGCUGUGA